CGCGCAUGUGCAGCACUGUGGCUACACUGUAGCAGGAUACAAAUCGAAUCAAUCACUGGUCUACGCGACUCCGCCCAUAAAGGAAUGAAUGAAACUGUAUAUGGGGAUACCGAUAGGACGUAUUCGUGACCUCAGAUGUUAGUCCGUUUUAACUUCAAAUCAAUCAAUUGCCCUGAAGCACGUAAAAGAAUACGGGCGACAUGGACAGGCCUAUUGAACCAGGACAUUUCUCAGCAUGCGAAGCCCGGUUAGACAAGCACAUUGCGGGACGUUGCAGCGUGGAUUUCCCCGUAGCUGUGGUUCUUCCAGCCGGUGGCAGUGGAGAAAGAACCGGGCUACUGACACCUAAACAGUUCUGCACGUUUCUCAAUAGACCUCUGAUAAGCUACACAAUUCAAACUUUCGAGAGAGUGCCAUGGAUCCAAAGCAUCGUUGUGGUGGUUGCCAAGGAGAGCUUAGAUUUGAUGAUGGACAUUAUCCAUCGCUUCCACCACAGAAAUGUCCUAGUGGUACAUGGUGGAUCUACUCGCCACAGAUCUAUCUUCAAUGGGGUCCGAGCCCUCAGUGAGGGAGAGGGUGGUACGGCCCGCGUCAAACCGAAGGUGGUCAUCAUCCAUGAUGCAGUGCGGCCCUUUGUGGAAGAGGACUUCCUCCUCAAGAUAACAAUGGCUGCCAAAGAACAAGGGGCUGCUGGGGCUAUCCGACCUCUGGUUUCCACAGUGAUUGCUACCACAUUGGAGGGCUACCUGGACCAUUCUCUGGAGAGAACCAUGUACAGAGCCAGUGAGAUGCCCCAGGGAUUCAUCUAUGAUGUCAUCUACCAGGCUUAUCAGAGGUGCAGUGAGUCGGACUUUGAGUUUGGCACCGAGUGCCUUCAUCUGGCUCUGCAGUACUGUGGCACCAAUGCCAAGCUCAUCGAGGGCCCACCAACCCUGUGGAAGGUGACCUACAAACGAGAUCUGGCUGCAGCGGAGUCCAUUGUCAAAGAGACUCUCUCCCAGUCGGCCUGUGUUGUCACAGGUGGCUCUGCACAGGCUACAGAGCUGGCCAACGCUCUGCAGAGGAGCAUGAGCGCUUUGGACAUGGAGGUGGAUGUGAUCUCAGACUUGAUGGGAGACGAUGCCAAAUCUCUGUCAAAAGAGUGGAAUUUUAUUCGAGUUUCUGUCAACAGUUCUUGCUUUUCUGAAGUUGGAAAAAUGCUGAGUGCAUUGGAGGAGGCAGACCGAGCACUCCUGCAUCCAGUGGUCAUUAUUUGGGUUUAUUUGAACGUGUCGGAGGACGGUUUGUCCGCCAGCGAGCCGACGGGAGGAGAGCCGGCGGCCAUGAUGGAGCUCGCCACAGGAGCCAAGCUCGGAAAUAUUUUAGUCUAUGGCAUCCAGCUUCAUCACUCAAAGGAAGCUACACUUUGGGGGCGCUCAGUGGAGAAGGUGGCCCAGAUGUCAUGUGCUCUGAUCCGGGACAGAAGCCCUGCCCUUACAGGACAGCUGCUCCAGGCGUGAGCCAACCCGGAAGAGCAGAUCACUUUGUACAGCCUCGCCUCGGACCACCUUUAUCACUACCCACCUACGGAUUGGCCACAAGGUGUGUGUUUGAGAAACACUCCAAGCCUUCAAACUCUGUAUGUCGUGAACUGCACUAGAAAAAGGAACAGUGUGGUGGAUAGGGAAGAGUUUAACAUGAGACAGGGGUGUGUAUAGAGACAGUUCGCUAUGCAAGUGUGUGAGACUGUCUAUAGUCCUAUGGUCUGAGACUUCAAACAGUACUGUGUUCCAUUCACAUGAAUAAAUACUGCAGUUUACUAUAGAAUACUACAGUACUUACUAUAUAAUUGUGUAGUAAACUCUAUAAUAUACUACACACUGUAGUAUCCUUCGAUCAUGUGUAGUCCUUACUAUAGAAUGCUGUAGUAUGCAGUAGAAUACUAUAGUAAAUACUACAGUAAUGUCAGCAAAAACACUAUAUUAAAUACUACAAUAUUUAAUUGGCAUAUACCGUGCCCAUUACCCUCCCCCAUAUCCCAAUUUGUGCCACCUAUAAUUGUGUGUCCCUACAGGUUAUAGAAAAGAGCAGAAGCUCUGAACUAUCCGCUCAGACCCCAGUCCUACCUACCUACUGGUUAUGGAAAAUGAGCUCUUUUAGUGUUUCCCCAAUAGAUUUCCUAAAGGAAAAAAGCCUCCACUUCUAUGUUAAAGAUAAUAAAACAAGAACACUAUAGUAAAUACUACAGUAAUGUCUGCAAAAACACUACAGUGAAUACUACAAUCUUCAAAAACACUUGCAUUAAUUACUAUAGUUUAAUACUACACUUUUCUAUUUUACGACGGUCUUUAUAGUAUAGUUAACUGUAAAUGCUACAGAUUACUAUAGUAAACACAGUCUGCAAAAACACUACACUUAAUACUAUAGUAUAUAUACCAUUGUAUACUAUAGUUUUUUAAAUGUGGGUUGGUCUCUAGAUCACUGGAUAAAGGUGCUGCUGAAUGGAGGAGAGGAGUUGACAUCUACUGUAUACAUGUGUGAUUUUGUACUGCCAUGUUUGAGUGGAGGUUUGCUUUCAUUAAAAUGACUUUUCUUUUCAUUUUAGCCAUCA